AUGCUGUACGAACACACCACCGAUAUUAGCAGCUCUCGCGGGGCCACUGUCCGCUACCUUAUUGCAGCAGCCACGAAGAACACCUUGCAAACGACACUCCAGACAUUAGAAAAAAUGGCCAAUCAUUCGGUUGAGCUUCACCGUUUUAUUAUCAUGGCGGCAGUCUCGGCGAUGUGGAAGUCGCCGCAGAACGAGGAGAAGUGCACCCUCGCCGCCAAGCUUGUGAGCGCGGCACUGGAACGGAGCAACGCCCUCACCUUGGUGGCAACCGCCGUUGAGGAGUCACAGACGUUAGUGACGACGGAAAUCCUUACAAAUUUCAUGGUAAAGGAGCUGAAGCUCUCCCCGAUUCAGCAGCUGCAGUUUUCCAUGGGACUUUUUCUUGGUGGCGGCAAGGGCAAAGAGGCGGCAGCGGGGUUUCUGAACACGUUCAACGUCUCCCCCGCCACCUUGAAGGACGACAACGGUAGCACGUGGGCCCUGGGCAUUCUGGCACGGCAGGCCGGUAGCGUGGAGUCUCUAGAUAAGCAACUGUCCAACGCAUUUAGCAGCUUGACGUUGUUCCCGAAUAACGGCGUCGCCGACACGCACGUUAGUCUAUCCAAAACCAUACAAGAGCUUGGGACCGCGUGCGUAGCGACACAGGCCGAUUGCCGGGAGUUACUUAGCUUCUUUCCACACCCCUUCACGGAGAGCGAUGUGGCGGAGGUGCUAGGCUUCUUUGCCUCGCAGGGAAGUGCGCCGUCGGACGUCAACACCUACAACGCACUGAUGUCUUUGGCCGGGAGGGAGCCGACGAAGACGCAGCACAGCGCCACCAUCUCGCCCAUCCCUCUGCUCGAGCUGUUGCAGGAGCGGAGUUCGACCAAGAUGGACUGGGACACCAUCCUCCGCCUGCUGGAUAAACCCGGUGAGGAGGCCUUCCGACAAAAGCACGUUGCCAUCGUCUUUGACGCGUACUACAAAUUCAAGGGGGCUGGUACGCCAGGCACGUACCCGCCGCUGACGAUAUUUCUCGGCCGCUGGAACAACGUUGGGCGCCAGCGCAGCGCCCUUGACUACAUAUUGAAACACCCCGAGAAGGUCUCGCUGCAGUGCCUCCCACGGGACCAGAUGGCGCCGGCAGAGCUACUAGAAGCCGCCUCUGCGGCACCGACGUCGGCUUCCCCCGCGACCACGACAGGCACCACGCGCCUGGCCGAAAGCGAGUUGUGGCGCUUCUUUCCCGUGGUGGAGGCUGCCGUGCACGUCGCUAGCCGUGACCGCAAAUUCGACGUGGAAACCCUUCGCCCCGCCGCAGAGCGCCACCCGUUGUUGUUGUUCUCUGUCCUGCUCUUUGGCACUUUUCCCGGAACGGUGAAGAACUUCAGCACGGCGAAGUUGAUCCUCAAGGAGCGUUGGCUUUCCCUCGACCGCGUCGCAGCCGUCGUCCUGCCUGAGGCGGAAAAGCGUGGGCGGCUGGACGCCGUCAUCAUGGUUUUGUCGGAGCUGACUAUGGUGGACGCAGGCUGCACGAUUGAGGUGAUGGAGACGGUGCUGAAGUCAAAGACGGCCGUCAAGGCAUUUCUCGCGGGCGGCGGCAACCCACGACUUGUCACAGCCAUUGCAAUGUGCGUUGACGAUUCUGCCGAGCCUGGCGACACGUGGAUCAGUAAGGCGCUUGAGGGAAAGCUGCACUUCCGCGCCAACGCCGCUGAAAAUCGGUUUGCUGUGGCCAUGUCUAUUGUCGAGGUGGCGGAGCAGCUCAUCACCAAGCAAAAGUAUGUGUCCAACGCGACGGCGGCACUCAAUAUAUUCCUAGCCUCCUCAUUGAAGGAUGUGUUACGCGAUGUGGCGGAACAGGCACGUGCCUUGUUGGCGUCCUCCGACUCACUUUUUCCCUCGGACGUUGAGAAUGAUGCGAACGAGUUCUACAGGCGCAUGUACGCCAUGGGAGACCCGACAAAUGCCGCCUCGCUUUCAUUUAUUGAGCAGCUUCGGAAAAGCUCCAAGGCCCGUGAUAAGCAGCUGUAUGCCUGUAUUUUGAGCAUCAUGUUCGAGGAACACAGUGCUAUUGGCUGCUACCCACACAAGGAACUGCAAAUGUUUGCUGUUCUGUAUGGGCAGAUGAUUGCACGUGAGCUGCUGCCGCCCAAUCAGCAGCAGCAUGCGUGGGGUCUGCUGCUUCCCACCAUUGUCAAACCCAAGGACCACAUGGUGGAGGAGUGCGGGAUUAUCGCCUUGGAGCAGAUCAAACCACGGCUGGCGGAGUGGCCGCAGUACGGGCGUGCGCUGCGCUACGUGAAGGACCUUGACAUUAAGAUCCCAGGCAUUAUGGCCGCCAUCAACCGCGGCAUUAAGGCAGAGGAGGCCGCGCGUCAGCAGCAGAGCCGACAGACGCCGCCCGAGAAGCCAGCGACGAAGGAGGCGGAGUCGCUGCUCUCGGAUCCGGCUGUGCUUGCGGUCAGCACCGAGCGCCGUGACGCGAUGGCGGCGGCGGCAGAUCAUCAGAAGGAGCGCUCCGCCGCCGCGACGCUGCACCAGCACGACAUUGGGACCCUGCUGUCGUCCAGGAACAUCACCGCCCCUCCGCGCGUCAUUCAGGAGCAGAUUAACUUCCUCAUUGGUAACACAGACAUGCACAACAUUGAGCACAACGCCAGUGAGCUUGCCAAGCAGCUGCGUCCUGAGUACUAUGAGUACUUUGCAGAGUACCUCGUGAUCAAGCGGGCGGCGCUGGAGCCGAACUACCACAGCAUCUACCUGGAGUUGCUGGAUAAGCUGCAAUCAAAGCCGCUGGAGAAGGCGAUACGCAGCGCGACAGGUGGCGUCCAUCAAGCGACUGCUAAUCUCCGACAAGAUUCGCGCCGACCCUGGCGAGCGCAGCCUGUUGAAGAAUCUCGGCUUUUGGCUGGGGCAUCUUACGCUGGCGAAGAACAUCCCCAUCACGGUGCAAGAGCUCUGCUUCAAGGAUUUGAUCUUCAUGGGCUUGCGGGAGGGGAAACUCAUGGCGGUGGUGUCCUGCGUCUCACGCGUACUGCACCACUGCAUGAGCUCGCACUUCUUUUGCCCGCCCAACCCGUGGACGAUGCGGCUGCUGUGCCUGCUGUGGGAGAUGUACAACCUGAAGCACCUGCGUGUGACGCUGCGGUUCGAGGUGGAGGUGCUGUGCAAGCACAUGAACGUGUCACUGAAGGACAUUGA